AUGGCUACCUUACUAAUUCUGCUCUUGUUUCUCGACCUCUCGGCAGGACUCAGAGCAGGAGCAGCAGCAACAGGACGUGAGGAUUGCAAGCCAACAACACGAUGCAAUAGUAACGACCCAGAGAUACGGUACCCAUUCCGGCUAAAGGACAAUGAGCAGCAGCAGCAGCCAGAACACUGUGGUUAUCCUGGCUUCGAUUUUUCUUGUGAUCAUGAAAACCACACCAUGCUUGAGCUUCCAUUCUCUGUUAAAGUAGCAGUCAAAGAUAUCGACUACAUAUCUCAGUUGAUACACACGUAUGACCCUCCUCAUGACUGCUUUCCUCACCUGCUUCAAAACCUCAACUUAUCUACUACUACCUCUCCCUUCCAACUGGCAUCGAAUAAAAACUAUAAUUAUAGCUUUUUCAGUUGCUCCUCAACUGAGCCAAUCUCAGACAAACCGAUGACUUGUCGUAGUAGUGACCCCAAUCACAAAGUUUAUGCCUUUCCGUCGGACUAUUUUAUGUCCUAUUUUCCCUUAUUGUCUUGCAAAAAGAUGUCCUUUAAGAUUUCAUCGCCAAUUCCAUAUCGCAUAUUUGACCAACAGCCAGAUGAACUUACAUUGAAAUGGUCCAAACCGACAUGUGGGAUCUGUGAAAAGCAAAGCAAGUAUUGUAGAUUGAAGGAUAACAGCAGGGACAAUGAAACUGAAUGCGUUGACGACACAACAAAGUCACCAACUACAGGUACUUCUCUACUUUCUCAUAUCUUACUGGCUUUUAGAUCAUCUCUCCCAUUACAUGCUUAG